GCGCGAACCCGGGCUGGUUGUGCGGAGUCAGUGGCUGCUCGUCGUGGCCAGGACUUGGUGCUCACGGUGGCCAGGAAAGCGUACGUCGCCGUUUGGACUGUGCUUUGUCGGCGCGCGAGCUGUGUUCGAGUGUUUUCGAAGUGAACCAAAACGAUACGUUGUUUCGAGCACAACCGGUUCAGUGAAACAGUGAAUGAAUCAACGAGAUAAACAAAUAAAGGAAAGUCAUAAUGAAAAGCCUGGUGAGUGUGGAACGUGAGGAAGAUAUAAGGCUUAAAAUCGUGUAAAAAAGAAGUGGAGACAAACCCUUAAUAGCGCCAAAAAGGAAGUGUAGAUAAGGCUUAUCUAACAGGAAAAACCCUCUUGGAGUCUUUCUGAAAUCCGCACAAGAGAAGAAAUAAAGUGAAAAGAAGAAAAAGAAAAAGAAAGGUUUCAUAUACAACAACAAAAGAGCUCAAUCCUUUAAAAUUACAAGAAAGAAAAAUCAAAACAAAAAGAAAAAACAAGAAAACAAUCCUCAAAUCCCCAAGAAACAAGACCAGAACAAAAAAACAACAAAAAAACUCACCCACGAAGACUACACAUUCGAAAAUAGAAAGAAUACCACCCCCACGCCCACCCCUCUCCGCCACCUUAUCAGCCCUGCAGGAAAGCGCUGUCGGCCCCAAGAGGUCAUGGAGAAGCAAGGACGGAGGAGGAAGUCGGCGCCGCGCCUCCUUGCCGCCCCUCUCAUCCUGCUUGCACUGACGGGCGGCCUCCAAGCGCAGUCGCCGAUCGACCCCCGCUGCGCCGCCCCCUUCGGCAACUUCCCCGACGCAACGACAUGUGAGCGCUAUGUGUCCUGUUGGGGCGGCCGGGGGUUCUCCCAGCGCUGCGGCACCAACCUCGUGUUCAACCCCGUGUCCAGGUCGUGUCAGGCGGGGACCUCAUGCCCAGGUGUGAGUUCCGGUGCCCCAGACUCGGGCCAAAAACUCAGGCUGGCCAACGGGCGCGGACCCUGGACUGGGCAGCUGCAGGUCAAAUAUGCCAACUCGUGGGCCUUCGUCGAUGCCCGCGGAUGGUCGCAUGCCCUCGGACAGCUGGUGUGUCGGCAGCUGGGAUUCAUCGGGUACGAGGGCGGCCAAGGCAUAGUGCCCGUUACCCGAGGAAGCUCCGAGCUCCUGCAGCUGGGGUGUCCUUCGGGAGCCUCCUCCAUCAGGCAGUGUAACCUCACGCCCUGCAGCUCCUGUCCUGACGAUACAAAGGUUGUCUCUAUCAGGUGCAAGGAGGCGUCCUCCUCGAGAUGUCCUCCUUCAGACCAAGGGCGAGUGUGGCAGCGGUGGAAGGAGUCGUGUUACCUCGUCCUCGACAACUACAGGGCGCCGAGAGAUGCCGGAAGGACGCUCUGCCGGGAUCGAGGAGGAGAGCUGGUCAGCGUGGAGUCGCAGGACGAACACAACUACGUGUCCGAGCUCCUCUCCCGAUCCGGAGACCACGUCGAGUUCUACACCGACGCUGGUGACGUGAGCGUGGGCGGCCUCAAGACGUGGGUGUGGGAGACGACGCUGGGGAGCCUCAAGUACGCCCGUUGGUGGCCUGGCUGGAACACCACAACCCGAGCCCGCACGCCCGUCCCGCCCACCUCUCCCUCCUGCGUGAUCCUGAAGAAGUCCUACCCGCUGGCGCCCACGAUGAGCUCCCAGUACGACAGCGGUUUCUUCUUCUUCAGCGCCGACGGCUGUAGCGAGGCGAGGGCGGUGGUCUGUGAGGCGGAGGUCAAAGAUGUCGGCUGUUACGAUGGUAAUGGCUCUUCUUACGCGGGCGCCGCCGCCGUCACCCUCUCGGGCCGCCCCUGCCUCUCCUGGGACGACCCCAGGAUCAACUCCCUGCAGGGGCGGGCGGCGCGGGCGAGGAACUUUGACCUGGGCCUCCUGGGCGCCCACAAUUUCUGCAGGAACCCCGACGGAGCCCAGGCGCCCUGGUGCUUCGUCGGGCCCGAGGCGGCCGAGCCCUGCGACGUGCCCGCCUGCGACGCCGGCAGGAGUGUCCCCGCGACCGAAAUGACCCAAAGGUCUUCAACUCUCCUUCGUCCUCUCAACUCGGCCACACGACCCGCCACCUUUACCACGACUCCUUCCACUUCGCCCACGACCAGCAGAGCCACGACGACCACGACGACAAAGAUUCGGUGCCAGCCUGGGGAGUACACCUGCGAGAACGCCGGCGGGUGUGUCCCCUCAGAACAGGUGUGCGACGGCGAGAGGCAGUGUCCCAGGGCGACGAUGACACCUGUGCAAACGUUUCUUGCAGGAGUUCGAGGCAAGAUUCGGGAAGACGUUGCUGGAGCGUGUGGUGCUGGUGGUGCUGCCACGGGCGGAGGUGGGCGUGUGUGCCAAGACGUGCAUCGACAACAAGCUCUGCCGAGGGUUCAUUUACGAUGAGAUUUCGAAGCAGUGUUCCCUCAGCACCAACGACGUGGUGAGCUCCGGCCUGGUCCCUUCGAGCCGCGAGGUCUUCUACGAGCUGCGGUCACGGAGGAGCGUCUGCGGCACGAGGCUGCGGUGCGGGAACGAGAAGUGCAUCGACAGG